GUGUCCGCCGGAGUUCUCCAGCAGGAACAUGGCCGCUGCCUGAUAGAAGACCCGGCCGCCGCCGUCUCUGCAGCCCGCGGGUCCCUGGGCCGUUCCGCCGCCCGCGCGCGGCCUCGGCGGAGAGAUCGAGUUGAGGACUGUGAGGUGCGCUCUCCCUAGUAUGGCCAAUGAAGAAGAUGACCCAGUCAUACAGGAGAUCGAUGUGUACUUGGCCAAAAGUCUGGCAGAGAAGCUGUAUCUCUUUCAGUAUCCUGUGCGUCCUGCUUCGAUGACCUAUGAUGACAUUCCACAUCUCUCAGCCAAGAUCAAGCCCAAACAGCAGAAGGUAGAGCUUGAGAUGGCCAUUGACACCCUGAAUCCCAACUACUGCCGCAGCAAAGGGGAGCAGAUCGCACUGAACGUGGACGGUGCCUGUGCUGAUGAGACUAGCACAUAUUCCUCAAAGCUGAUGGACAAGCAGACCUUCUGCUCCUCCCAGACCACCAGCAACACAGCUCGUUAUGCCGCUGCACUCUACAGGCAAGGUGAGCUCCACCUGACACCUUUACAUGGCAUCCUACAGCUUCGGCCCAGCUUCUCCUACCUUGAUAAGGCAGAUGCCAAGCACCGAGAGAGGGAGGCAGCCAAUGAGGCAGGGGAUUCUUCUCAGGACGAGGCAGAAGAAGACGUUAAGCAGAUCACGGUACGGUUCUCCAGGCCAGAGUCAGAGCAGGCUCGCCAGCGCCGCGUGCAGUCCUAUGAGUUCUUGCAGAAGAAGCAUGCAGAAGAACCCUGGGUCCACCUGCACUACUAUGGCAUGAGGGAUAGCCGCUCAGAGCAUGAGCGCCAGUACCUGCUGUGCCAGGGAUCCAGCGGGGUAGAGAACACGGAGCUCGUCAAGUCACCCAGUGAAUACCUCAUGAUGCUCAUGCCACCCAGCCCAGAGGAGGAGAAGGACAAGCCUGUGGCUCCCAGCAAUGUCCUAUCCAUGGCCCAGCUGCGUACAUUGCCCCUGGCUGAUCAGAUUAAGGUCCUGAUGAAGAACGUGAAAGUCAUGCCUUUUGCUAAUCUCAUGAGCCUCCUGGGCCCCUCUGUGGACUCUGUGGCUGUUCUACGUGGCAUCCAGAAGGUGGCGAUGUUAGUCCAAGGAAACUGGGUGGUAAAAAGUGACAUCCUGUAUCCCAAGGAUUCUUCCAGUCCCCACAGCGGUAUGCCUGCUGAGGUGCUCUGCAGGGGCCGAGACUUUGUUAUGUGGAAGUUCACACAGAGCCGAUGGGUGGUAAGAAAGGAGGUAGCAGCAGUGACCAGACUCUGCGCUGAGGAUGUGAAGGACUUUCUGGAGCACAUGGCUGUAGUGAGGAUCAACAAAGGCUGGGAGUUCUUACUGCCUUAUGACCUGGAGUUCAUCAAGAAGCAUCCAGAUGUGGUCCAGCGGCAGCACAUGCUGUGGUCGGGCAUCCAGGCCAAAUUAGAAAAAGUCUAUAAUCUCGUAAAAGAAACCAUGCCAAAGAAGCCGGAUGGACAAUCAGCGCCUGUUGGUCUGGUCCCUGGGGAACAGCGGGUCCAAACAGCCAAAACCAAGGCCCAGCAGAACCAUGCCUUCUUGGAGCGUGAGCUGCAGCGACGGAAGGAGCAGAUGCGGGCAGCCACAGUCCUGCCCAGCGUGCAGAUCAAGGAGGAACCCCUGAGCGAGGAGGAAGCCGAUGGGGAUGAGCUGGAGGCUGAGGAAGAGGAGCCCAUGGACACUGCACCCAGCAGUUGCCUCAGCACCAAGUUGGCCAAUGGGCUGCCUGCUGGGCGGGCAGUGGGUGGGGACAGCCUAAAUGGACACCCAGCUCCAGGCUGUGCCGGCAACCCGGUUGCCCGGGAACUGAAGGCUUUUGUGGAAGCCACCUUUCAGAGACAGUUUGUGCUCACGUUGAGCGAACUCAAGCGCCUCUUCAACCUGCACCUGGCAGGCCUGCCCCCGGGCCAUAUACUCUUCAGUGGCGUCUCAGACCGAAUGCUACAGGAUACGGUGCUGACCGCUGGCUGCAAGCAGAUACUGGUGCCUUUUCCCCCACAGACUGCUGCUUCCCCUGAUGAGCAGAAGGUGUUUGCCCUCUGGGAGUCUGGAGACAUGAGUGACCAGCAUCGACAGGUCUUACUUGAAAUAUUUUCCAAAAAUUACCGAGUACGUCGGAACAUGAUCCAGUCUCGGCUAACUCAAGAAUGUGGAGAAGAGCUAAGCAAACAGGAGGUGGAUAAAGUGCUAAAGGACUGUUGUGUAAGCUGUGGUGGCAUGUGGUACCUUAAGGGGACAGUACAAUCCUGACAAUAGUAGCAAACUGCUAACUCCGAUGAGUCCAAGCCCAGGGAAGAAUGGCAGAGCCACAAGUAGUCUCGACUUGCCUCAAGACACAGGAAGAGGAUCUGCCCACCUGGUGGCCUGUGGCACUGCCUGGCCCAGAGGACAGAGGGGCUCACUCAGCCAGUGGCAGGGUCAGCGUAAGUGAGAUCGCUCCCAGCAGAGACCAGCGGGCCUUCUUUGCAGUACAAUUUGAAAUUCCUGAUGUAUUUUGCUUAUUGGGUUUCAUUCUCAUAAUAAAUGUGAGUGUACACUGACAUGGGCAGGAUUACGAAAAUCAUGGUUUAAUAUUUUCCUCUUUUAAAUGAAUGCCAACAUAGUUAAAGUUAUGUUUACAAGAUGAAGAGAACCUUAAGGUUUUUAAUAUUUAAAAUGCCUAGAAGCCAAUAAUUAGUCUUAGAGUUUCUCUCUGCUAAGACUUCUGCCAAUUUUAUUAAACCAAAUUGAACAUUUUACUUUUGGGUUUCUGAGGCCACUUUACCUUUACAGCAGCCUGCUUUCUGUAGCGGUCUCAACUGUUUACACAAACCAUAGCAAAACAUUAGAUUAACUCCAUCUUCUCCUAAUGUUUGCAUAAAGGUGCAAACUGAACCAGGUAAGUGUGGAACAGUGUGUAAGUGAGGUUAUCACUUUGAUGUAAAAAAAAAAAUAUAUUUUGUGUAUUUUUAAAAUAAAUGCUAACACUAAACUGGCAUCCUGGUGCUGCUGUCCUCAAAUAGUUGCAGGAAGAAAAUGUCCUCUGUGCUCUCAAAGCAUUCAGUACUAAAGAGAGGAGGAGGCCAUCACACUGGGUCACGGUCCAUUUGUUGCUCACCUUGACCUUGUAAGAUUGGUCUGAUAGAGUGCCCUUGGGUCCUUGAAGACUGGUCUGCUCACAUUGCUCAGGCCACCACACACAUAGGGACUGAGUGACCUUAGCUGUGCUGCAGACAUGGAAGUGGAAGGAAAGAAGGAUGGGAAGUGAACACCAACUUCUUAAGAAGGGAAGGGAGCUAGCGUGGCAAGCUCCUUCUGUGGGAGUUACAUUAAAAUAGUUUUUAAAAAUAGAUAUUAAUGUA